AAAUGUAGAUAUUAUACUUCAAACUAAUUAACUUGCCCAACACAAAAGCAAAACACACCGCCUCCUCCCUUUCUUUUUCUAAUUCACCUCCCGCUCCACAAUCCUCGUCAUCAGCCACCAAGCACCCCCGGGCACCGCCCAACGCCCAUCAGCCACCACCAUCAAAGCUUCAAGUCGCGGUCUCCGUCCAAGCUUCAAGGUGCGGUCUCCGGACCAGGUAUUUUUUUAUCAACAGUAAUCUGAGUACCCAAGUAUUUCUGUACACCUAACUUAAUUAUUAAUAGUAAAUAUUUUUCAUUUUCAUAUCAUUUAAAAUCAAAGAUGAACAUGAGGAGGGAGAGUUUGAAUUACAAAAUCGGGUUGUAAAUAAUCGAUAAAAAGAGGGUCUGAGUUUAUUUCUUCUCUGUUCAGACGAAAAAAAGGGUAUGAGCUUCGAAUUGCUAAUUUUCUUAGUAGUUGUUACAAGAUUUUAGGGGAUGUUUUGAAAAAAUUCAGAUUGUGUAUUGGAUUGUUAAGUUUGUAAUUUUUGGGGAUUACCAGCGUGUUUCUACCUUUGAUAUAAGAAAAAAGUUUGAAAGGAAUAUGUUAUGGAAGUAGGAUUUGAAAAUGGACUGUUAAGAUUACUGUAACAAAUAUUGAAAGAUCAAAUAUCAAGCAUGCUUGGUGGAAUUUGGAAAAAAAAUAAAAUUAUAGCCAACAGUAGAUCCUAAUAUAUUGUAAUCAUAAUAUCAUCUAAGAUGAACUAAAUUAUGAUCAGUUGCUAGAAAAAAGAGAUGUAUAAGUUUAAUAUUAAAGUGUAAAUAAUAAAUUUUGGUAAAAGUGGAGUGGCGUCACGCUGUUAGUGUGGGAACAGCAUCCAAAAUUUUUAAGGGGGAUUUACCCUAAUUUCAAGCGGCAAUGUUUUACCCCACCUUUUACUCUCCAGGCCGGGCCACGAUUUAAUUUGUAAAAUUAACAUAUACUUAUCAUGUUAUCGUGGAAAUCGCUUUAAAACUCCAAAACUGAGAAAAUUGAAUGAAAUCAUAAGUUGAAAAUCGGUAAACUCGCGAUUUUAAUACCGAGUUUACAUUUUCGUGGAUGUGAAUGUGAAAGUGAAAUCAUCAAGUGUGAUUUCCUUGUCUUGUUUCUAUGACUAAUUUCAUUCUGGUGAUUUACCAGCUGUCUUCUUCACUCUUACUCUCUCCUUUAACUUCUCCUUUUCAUUCAAGAAAACAUCUAUGCUUUUCAAUUCCCUCAUCUUACAAUCUCCCCAUCGUAAUCCCUUUUGUUUUGUAGUACUCUGUAGAAAGAAAAAAGAAGAUAGAGGGAGACCCAUCUGUGAUUUCAACAACUAUUUUUCUCUCCUUUAACUUCUCCUUUUCAUUCAAGAAAACAUCUAUGCUUUUCAAUUUCCCCAUCUUAAUCCCUUUUGUUAUGUAGUACUCUGUAGAAAGAAAAAAGAAGAUAGAGGGAGACCCCUCUGUGAUUUCAACAAACAAAGUCUUUGAGAUCUGCCCACUUCGCUUACAGACUGUACCUGCUUACGAGUGGAUUUACUGUGAAAAAAUGUCAAGGGAUAGAGAUCCUCUGAGCGUUGGCCGUGUUAUAGGGGACGUGCUGGACCCCUUCACAAAGUCUAUCCCCCUCAGGGUCACUUACAAUUCCAGAGAGGUCAACAACGGUUGCGAGCUCAAGCCCUCUCAGGUUGCCAACCAGCCUAGGGUUGAUAUUGGAGGGGAAGAUCUAAGGACCUUCUACACUCUGGUUAUGGUGGACCCUGACGCACCCAGCCCAAGUGACCCCAGCCUAAGAGAAUAUUUGCAUUGGUUGGUGACUGAUAUUCCAGCAACAACUGGGGCAAGCUUUGGCCAUGAAACUGUGUGCUAUGAGAGCCCGAGGCCGACAAUGGGAAUUCAUCGGUUUGUUUUCGUUUUGUUUCGGCAACUGGGCAGGCAAACUGUGUAUGCCCCUGGGUGGCGCCAGAACUUCAACACCAGAGACUUUGCUGAGGUAUACAAUCUUGGAUCGCCAGUGGCUGCUGUUUAUUUCAACUGCCAGAGGGAGAGUGGCUCUGGUGGUAGGAGGCGAUAAUAGGAAGAUAUCCCUUUAAAUAUUCCCAUGUUGAAAAAAGACUGAAAACAAGUCCAUCAAUAUGGUAUUGCUGCAUAUACAGUCCUAUCAUCUAGCUUCCCCUAUUAUAUUCCUGCCUACUUGUAGCAAAAACACCUGAUCAC